AUGGAAGGCACAACCUGUAAUGGAUCAGAGGACUCCUUACCUGUCUUCUACCUGGUGGGCAUCCCCUCUCUGCCAGAGUCUCUUUUCCUCCCUGUCUUCUUGAUUUUUGUCUUAAUCUACCUGCUCAUCCUGGUGGGUAAUGCCCUUAUUCUGAUGGCUGUGGUGGCAGAGCCCAGCCUCCACAAGCCCAUGUACUUCUUCCUGAUCAAUCUCUCUGCCCUGGACAUCCUCUCCACUACAACCACCAUCCCCAAGAUGCUGUCCCUAUUUCUGUUGGGAGACCAUUUCCUCAGCUUCCCUGCCUGUUUCCUACAGAUGUACCUCUUCCAUGGCCUCAACUGCUCUGAAGCCUUCAUCCUGGUGGUCAUGGCCUAUGACCGCUAUGUGGCUAUCUGCCGCCCACUGCACUACCCUAUCCUCAUGACCCCACAAACCAAUGCUUCGCUGGCAGCCAGUGCCUGGUUCACUGCCCUCCUCCUGCCCAUCCCAGCAGUGGUACAAACUUCCCAGAUGGCAUUUGUUCCUGUGGCCCAGGUCUACCACUGCUUCUGUGACCACUUGGCUGUGGUCCAGGCUUCGUGCUCAGACACCACACACCAGACAUUCAUGGGCUUCUGCAUUGCCAUGGUGGUAUCCUUCCUGCCCCUCCUCCUGGUCCUUCUCUCCUAUGCCCACAUCCUGGCCUCAGUGCUUCGCAUCAGCUCCCGAGAAGGUCGCUCAAAAGCCUUUUCCACCUGCAGUUCCCACCUCCUGGUGGUGGGCACCUACUAUUUCUCCAUUGCCAUAGCCUACGUGGCCUACAGAGCUGACCUGCCCUUGGACUUCCACAUCAUGGGCAAUGUGGUGUUUGCUAUCCUUACACCUGUUCUUAAUCCUCUCAUCUAUACACUGAGAAACAAGGAUGUCAAAGCAGCCAUCACUAAAAUGGCAUGUCUUCAGGAACCAGGACAUACUGAGGGCUCUUGA